UGCCAGAACCGUUGGCUCAUUUCGCUCACCAACACCACCAUGGCGAAGGGAAAGGCCAAGUCCGUGAUCGUCAAGCUGCUCAGCGCUGCUAACACUGGAUUCUUCUACACAACCCGCAAGAACCCUCGCAACGUGCAAAAGAAGCUCGCCCUCCGCAAGUACGACCCUAUUGUCCGAGAGCAUGUGUUGUUCAACGAAGCCAAGCUCAAGAAGGGCUAAGUGCUGACCGCCCUCGAUUCGAGGCCGUAGAAUUAAGAUGAAGAAAGCCAACAAGUCCGAACAUUGUACUUCUUCUGCGGGUUUCAAUACGUAUACCGC